GUAACCCUGAACAGGAGAAUGAGGAGCUGAGGGUCAUCAUUAGAAAGAUCUGGAAGAGAAUGAAGCCAAAGCUGCUGGAUGAAGUCAUACCACCUCAUGAAGAGGAGGAAGUGACUGUCGGGAAGUUUUAUGCCACCUUCCUGAUCCAGGACUACUUCAGGAAGUUCAGGAAGAGGAAAGAGAGGGGCGGUCUGACCGGAGAGUCUGACUCCACCAACCAGUCAGCAGUCCAGCUCUGUAAAGCUGGUCUGAAGACUCUGCAGGACCUGGGUCCAGAGAUGCGUCUGGCUCUGAACGAAGACCUGGAGGAAGAGGAGGAAGAGGAGGAGGCCCUGAUGGAGGAUGAAGAAGAGGAGAAUGCAGCUUAUAAGGCUGAAAAUGGAUUCUCAACAGAGACUAGACGAGGUUCUAUGCUGACCCCUACUGGUGACGGGGGCAUCUCUAAUGGGGGUCUUAUCCACAGAGUCGGAUCACUCACCAGAACAGCCAACGGAAACGAACACGACGACCAUCUUCGUCGUGGAGACAGUUUGAGGUCAUCCGUCAGUCAUCACCACCGCCGCUCCUCCUUGAAGAACGGUCUGAUAGAGCCUGUCCACAGGAGACGCUCACACAGAAAUGGAAGGAGGGACUCAAGGGACAGAUCCUGGAGGAACGGAGACCCGGGGACGUAUGGAGAGCCAGGUUACUACAGCAGAGAGGAGGACAACGAAAGUGUCACAUCCAGAGACAGGCAUUUCACUGACGAGUACAAAGACCACUAUGAAGGCCACGCCCCUUUCACCAACAGUAGCUAUGGUAAUGGGUACAGUGAAGGGAGGAGGACUACCCGUCGACGCCUACUUCCUGCCACACCCACAGGUCGGAAGCCGUCCUUCAACAUCCAGUGUCUGAGGCGUCAGGUCAGCAAUGAUGACCUGCCUCUUCCUGGGACGUACCACCCAACAUCACCGCCACGCCGUGCUCAGCAGGCGUAUGACUCCCACCACUCCUCGGGGGCGGCCUCCACGUCCUGGGCCAAGCCGUGUCCGCGGCGUGGGCGUCUUCUCUACGCGCCGCUCAUCCUGGUGGAGGAGGAGGGCAGCCCCCCCUGGGGGGCAGGAGCUGGAGGGCCAGAGGGGAAGAGAGGACCAGCAGGAAGAGGUGCAGCGGACAGACCAGCCUGGUUUAGUGGUCCUGCAGGGACACCAGCUCCGCCCCCAUACCGGGCUUACACCACCCUCAGAGUGCCCUCGCAGCUCGGCACUCCGUUCACAGACAAACGAGGAUCAGCUGACAGCCUGGUGGAGGCGGUUCUGAUCUCUGAGGGACUCGGACUUUACGCUCGAGAUCCAAAGUUUGUGGCGUUUGCCAAGCGAGAGAUCGCUGACGCGUGUCACAUGACCGUGGAUGAGAUGGAGUCGGCGGCGAGCGACCUCCUGAGCUCCGGGAGCCACGACUUCCUGAGCACAAACACCGAUGAUCCUGCAGCGCUCUACAGCGACGAGGAGCCAAUCAGAACAAGCCAUGAGGAGGAGGCGGAGCUGGCUGACGAGAUGGCCUGUGUGACAUCGUUCUGACUUUCCACCAAUCACAGGCAAGGAGAGAGUGAAGGAGGCGGGUUCACAGGUCUACAGGAGCGACUGAUGGGAAAAUGGACCAAUUAGAAAGAGGAGGUGGGGCUUCAAGGUUGGCAGAAAUUGCUGACUGUAAAAUGGACCAAUUGGACACAGGAGRCGGGGCUUAAUCCAAGCAAAAAAGAAAAUAGUGCAGAAACACGAGGCAACAAAAAUCUAAACAAAAACAAACAAUAAAUAAGGUUAGGAGGUGAGGAAGAACCUGAGAGGAAAGGAAGGAGUGAAGGA